GUGGGAUAACUGGAUCAGAGGGUGGUUACCCUGUGUAUAAGAGUGUGUGUCUCACUGCACCUUCAAUGGCAUUGAGUAGAUUGUCAGUAUUUAAACAGACUACAUCAUGCGUGAGUACAAGCUAGUGGUCCUUGGUUCAGGAGGCGUGGGGAAGUCUGCUCUGACGGUUCAGUUUGUUCAGGGAAUUUUUGUUGAAAAAUAUGACCCAACGAUAGAAGAUUCCUACAGAAAGCAAGUUGAAGUAGAUUGCCAACAGUGUAUGCUCGAAAUCCUGGAUACAGCAGGAACAGAGCAAUUUACAGCAAUGAGGGAUUUGUAUAUGAAGAAUGGCCAAGGGUUUGCACUAGUAUAUUCUAUUACAGCUCAGUCCACAUUUAAUGACUUACAAGACCUGAGGGAACAGAUUUUACGGGUUAAGGAUACAGAAGAUGUUCCAAUGAUUUUGGUUGGCAAUAAAUGUGACCUGGAAGAUGAGCGAGUAGUUGGCAAAGAACAGGGUCAGAAUUUAGCACGACAGUGGUGUAACUGUGCCUUUUUAGAAUCUUCUGCAAAGUCAAAGAUCAACGUUAAUGAGAUAUUUUAUGACCUGGUCAGACAGAUAAAUAGAAAAACACCAGUGGAAAAGAAGAAGCCUAGAAAGAAAACAUGUCUGCUGCUUUAGACCCACAGUAAGCAGCAGCUCUGAGCCAGAUUACAGGAAUGAAGAACUGUUGCCUAAUUGGGAAGUGCCAGCAUUCCAGACUUCAAAAAAUAAAUCUGAAGAGGCUUCUCCUGUUUUAUAUAUUAUGUAUGUGAAGAAUUUAGAUCUUAUAUUGGUUUGCACAAUUUCCCUGGAGAAAAAAAUUACUCUGUGUAUAUCUCUUGGAAAAUAAGACAAUAGUAUUUCUCCUUUGCAAUAGCAGUUAUAACAGAUGUGAAAAUAAAUAUACUUGACUCUAAUAUGAUUAUACAAAAGAGCAUGGAUGCAUUUCAAAUGUUAGAUAUUGCUACUAUAAUCAAAUGAUUUCAUAUUGACCUUUUUAUCAUGAUUCCUCCCUGUCAAGCACUAAAAAGUGGAACCAUUAUACUUUAUAUCUGUAAUGAUAUAGAUUAUGAAAUUUCCCCUCAAACUCAUUGCAGCAGAUAACUUUUUUGAGUCAUUGACUUCAUUUUAUAUUUAAAAAAUUAUGAAAUAUCAUUCUGUCAUUAUAUUCUAAUUAAAAUUGUUUGUGCAUAAUGCUUUGGAAAAAUGGGUCUUUUAUAGGAAAAAAACUGGGAUAACUGAUUUCUAUGGCUUUCAAAGCUAAAAUAUAUAAUAUACUAAACCAACUCUAAUAUUGCUUCUUGUGUUUUACUGUCAGAUUAAAUUACAGCUUUUAUGGAUGAUUAAAUUUUAGUACAUUUUCA